CUCCUACCUGUAGAGCAAACUGACUCUCCGAUUCAGUUCCUCGGGAUCGAGCUCCUGUCAGGAUGUCCAGCAUUGCUAAUGAACUGGCCAAGAGGCAGGAUAAAAAGGAAGGUUUGGGCAGCAACGAUAAUGCCAUUCCCUUCAACAACCAGGACUACCUGAGUCUGCGGCGAGAGUGCCUACAGCGCAAGACCCUCUUCUGCGACCCCACCUUCCCUGCAGACUCAUCAUCCCUCGGCUACAACCAACUGGGCCGCUACUCCUCCAAGACUGCGGGGGUGGUGUGGAAAAGACCCACGGAACUGUGCUCAAACCCUGAGUUCAUCUCCAAUGGAGCUACCAGGAUGGACAUCCGUCAGGGAGCUUUAGGUGACUGCUGGCUACUGGCAGCAAUCGCUUCUCUGACUCUGGACACAGAUAUUUUAGCUCGCGUGGUUCCGCCUGCGCAGAGUUUUAAAGAGGACUACGCCGGAAUCUUCCACUUUCAGUUGUGGCAGUAUGGCGAGUGGAUCGACGUUGUCAUUGAUGACCGGUUACCUACCAAAAAUGGGGAGCUGCUGUUUGUCCACUCUGAGGAAGGGAGCGAGUUCUGGAGCGCCCUGCUGGAGAAGGCCUAUGCUAAGUUGAACAGCUCCUAUGAGGCUCUGUCUGGAGGUUCCACCACCGAGGGCUUUGUGGACUUCACUGGUGGCAUCGCUGAGAGUUAUGAGUUGAGGAAAGCUCCGCCAACCCUCUUCAACAUCAUUAAAAAAGCACUGAGCCGGGGCUCCAUGCUGGGCUGCUCCAUAGAUAUCGCCAACUCUUACGAAAGUGAAGCCAUGACCAGACAGAAGCUGGUGAAGGGACACGCCUACUCCCUCACAGCAGCAGUAGAGGUCCAUGUUUCCGGAAGACCAGUUCAGCUGGUUCGGCUCAGGAACCCGUGGGGGCAGGUGGAGUGGACCGGUGCCUGGAGUGAUGACUCCAAAGAGUGGGACCGGGUGCUGCCAGAGGAAAAGGCCAAACUGGAUUACUCUGCUGAUGAUGGAGAGUUCUGGAUGGAGUAUUCUGAUUUUCUUAAUCAGUACUCCAAGAUAGAGAUCUGUAACCUGACUCCGGACACUCUGAGCAGCGAGGGGGUGUGCCGCUGGAGUUGUUACCAGUUUGAGGGCUCCUGGAAAGUGGGCUCGACAGCUGGUGGCUGCAGGAAUAACCCAGCAACAUUCUGCUCGAACCCUCAGUUUGUAAUAAAGCUGGAGGAAGUUGAUGAUGACCCUCAUGAUGGAGUAGACGGCUGUUCCUUCCUGGUUGGACUGAUGCAGAGAGACGGGCGUAAGGAAAGGCAGUUUGGACGGGACCUCAACACCGUUGGAUUUGCAAUCUACAUGGUUCCAGACGAGUUUCGAGGUCAAAACAACAUUCACCUAGGCCCUGAUGUGUUGCUGCGUCAGAGAGCUAUCGCCAUGAGCGACACCUUCAUAAACCUGCGUGAGGUGUGCUCCCGCUUCAAACUGCCCCCUGGGGAAUACGUCAUUAUCCCCUCCACCUUCGAGCCGCAUCGCAAGGGCAACUUCAUCCUGCGUGUGUUUGCUGAGAAGCAUGCUGAAGCUGGCCAUAUGGAGUCAGAGAUCCGUGCAGAUAUUAAAGAGGUGGAUAUCUCUGAGAAAGAUGUGGACCCACACUUCAAGCACCUCUUCAAGCAGAUUGCUGGGAAUGAUUCUGAAAUUUCAGCAGCCGAGCUUCAGAAGAUUCUGGACAGAAUUGUGUCUGAGCGAACCGACCUGAAGACAGAUGGCUUCAGUUUGGAGACUUGCCGCCACAUCAUCAGCCUGCUGGAUAAAGAUGGCAAUGGAACACUCGGGUUAAUGGAGUUUCAUACUCUCUGGGUGAAGCUGCAGAAAUACCUGGAGAUCUUUAAGAACCGUGAUCUAGACAACUCUGGAACCAUCAGCUCCCAUGAGAUCAGAGAAGCUCUGAGUGAAGCAGGCUUCCAGAUGAACACCUCAGUGCUGCAGGUGAUUAUCGCACGCUAUGCUGACCAGGAGAGUGCCAUUGACUUCGACUGCUUUGUGGGCUGCCUGAUCCGUAUAGAGAUGCUCUUCCAAAUGUUCAAGAAGUUUGACAAGAACAACACAGGGAAGAUUGAGCUGGAUAUUAUGCAGUGGUUCUGCUUGACACUGAGCUGAAUGUUCAGAGAGCUUUGCUGCAGACUGAUGAUGCUCCUCCCAGAACCACUGAAGAAGAUUAAGCUCACCCAGGAGUGAAUUGAACGGAGUAGUAGCCAUAAAAUAUAUUGUAUUUUUAAACAGAUUAAUGAAAAUUGUUUAUUUCUUUACAACAGUCAGUUCUGAGUUUGUUUACACUGAUAAAAUAAAAUCUGCAGCAAUAAAAUCUUUUGUGAUUA